AUGGAUGUCUCCGGUUUGCGCAACCAGCGCGUGGCAGCUGAGCCCGAUCAGCUCGGCUUGGAAGUCCAAAACGACUUUUUGGACUUUUUGCAGCGCUUCCGCGUCGAGGGCAAGGACGAGCCACAUUAUGCGCUAGCUGCACAACAAAUGACACUCGAGGAGGUCGAAACCAACACCAUUUACAUCAACUUUGGACAUCUCCAACAGUACUCGGAGCAGCUGAGCAUGCAGAUCCUAACGGACUACUAUCGCUUCAUGCCAUUCAUGCAAGAGGCCACUCGCCAGUUCGUUGUCAGUCUGUUCCCGGCUCGAGAGGCGGAUGAGCAGGGCAACUUGCGACCUUACUACCCCGCCUUUUUCCACCUUCCCUCCAUCAAUUCAAUCCGAGAUCUCAAGACACAGCUGAUCGGUCACCUGGUUGCCAUCAAAGGCACGGUCGUCCGUACCUCUGCUGUACACCCCGAGCUGGUGCGUGGUACCUUCACGUGCUUGGACUGUGGCGAGAUUAUGCGCAAUAUUGAGCAGCAGUUCCAAUACACUGAGCCCACCCGCUGCACCGCCAACGGUUGUGAAAACCGCCAACGGUUCAAGCUCGAGCUUGAUCAAUCACACUUUGUUGAUUUCCAAAAAGUGCGCAUUCAAGAAUCGUCGGACGAGAUUCCUUCGGGCAGCAUGCCCCGCAGUGUCGACGUGAUUCUGCGCCACAACGCGGUAGAGCAGGCCAAGGCUGGCGACAAGAUCAUUUUCAUUGGUACCCUGAUCGUCCUUCCCGACAUUGCCCAAUUAUCCGGCAACAAAGCAGCUGUUGUACGCGGUGGUGGUCGCUCGGGCGAAGGAUAUAGCGAGGAGGGUAUCACUGGAUUAAAAGCACUUGGCGUUCGCGACCUGACAUACCGCAUGGCCUUUUUGGCAACAACCGUUCAACAAGAAGGUGCCGAGACCGGUGUGGUCAACAUUCGCGACGAGCAUGCAACCAUCCAGUCCAUUGUUGCCGAGUUUACGGAGGAGGAACGUCAAAAAGUCCUGCAAAUGAAAGAGGACCCUGAUCUCUACCGCAAAAUGGUUGACUCCAUCUGUCCUUCGGUCUUUGGUGAGCCACUGCCUCUGAACCACGACAAACGUCACGACGAGGUCAAGCGCGGCGUUUUGCUUAUGCUCUUUGGUGGUGUACACAAGACUACUCCUGAAGGGAUCUCGCUUCGCGGUGACAUCAAUGUCUGCAUUGUCGGCGAUCCAUCCACGGCCAAGAGCCAGUUUCUCAAAUAUGUGGUGGACUUUGUGCCCCGUGCUGUCUACACGUCAGGCAAGGCCUCGACGGCUGCCGGUCUGACAGCCGCCGUGGUUCGGGACGAUGACAGCAACGAGUUUUUCAUUGAGGCCGGCGCCCUCAUGCUGGCUGACAAUGGUAUUUGCUGCAUUGACGAGUUUGACAAAAUGGACCAACGUGACCAAGUGGCCAUUCAUGAAGCCAUGGAACAGCAAACCAUCUCCAUCACCAAGGCUGGCAUUCAGGCAACGCUCAACGCCCGCACCUCCAUCUUGGCGGCCGCCAACCCCAUUGGGGGUCGCUACGACAAGGGCAAGCCUUUGCGUAGCAACGUUGCAUUGACCAGUCCUAUCAUGUCUCGCUUUGAUCUGUUCUUUGUGAUUGUGGACGAGUGCAACGAAGUCACAGACUACAACAUUGCCCGCCACAUCACCAAGCUGCACCAGCUUCAGGAUGAGGCUGUGGAGACGGAAUACACCACUGACGAGUUGCAACGCUACAUUCGAUUUGCGCGUGCCAUCAAUCCGCGUAUGACGCGAGAAGCUCAGAAAGUGUUGGUCAAAGAAUAUCGCAAACUUCGGCAAAACGAUGCCACAGGCAUCAACCAGUCGAGCUAUCGCAUUACUGUGCGCCAGCUUGAGAGCUUGAUCCGUCUUGCCGAAGGACGUGCACGUCUGCAAUGCGACGAAGAGAUCAAAGCCGCCCACGUGUAUGAAGCGGUUCGCUUGCUGCGCAAGUCUAUUAUUCAUGUUGAGACUGAAGAUCUGCUGCUGGAUGACGAUUAUGCAGAGGAGAGUGCAGCCGAUGUGCCAACAAGCCAGAACACCAGCGCCAUGGAUGUUGACCAAGCUGCCGAGGCCCCAGAGCGGCAACGAUCGGCUCGCACCAUCUCCUACGAUGCGUACAUGCGUCGUGCCGAGCAAAUCGUUCACUUUGUCGCACGUCGGGAGCAACAAGGGACAACUGUGCGCGACGUGGUCCAGGCAUAUCUAAAGGAUCACGAAGCCGACUUUGACAGUGUUGAUGCCAUUGACGAGGAGCGGGAACAGCUGCUCCUUAUCAUCAAGCGCAUGAUUGAAGUGGACUCUGUGCUUCUCUACGCGCCAAUUUUCAUACGUGAUAACGAGUCAGGGACUGUGAAAAGUGUCAAGCGAGAUAUCCAAGAGCGCAGCCAUGUUCGCGAGUAUGCCGGGAAGCGUGUCGCCAUUGAUGUGGCCGCUUGGUUGUAUAAAGGCGCGUAUGGCUGCGCCUUGGAGCUACAGAGCAAUCCAAAUGAUACGGAUGCCUAUAUUCGCCUUGUGAUGAGUCGUGUGUUUAUGCUGAAAUCCUUUGGCAUAACACCCGUUCUCGUCUUUGACGGUGCCUCCUUGCCCAGCAAGGAAACACAACCGAGGCUGCGCAAGCCUUCAAGUCAAGUCUCGACGUCACCAUGGAUAUGCGGCUCCGCUGUGCUGCAGCAUGUCGCCGCUAUCAAAUCGGUACAAACUGAGGGAGAGGCGAAUUGCAUCACUUGGUACACGCGCUUGUCCAUAGAGUACAUUAUCGCGCCCUAUGAAGCCGAUGCGCAGAUGGCUUACAUGUAUCACCAAGGCCUGGUCGAGGCUGUCAUUUCCGAAGAUUCAGACUUGUUGGUUUUCAACGUUCGCGACGUUUUUUUCAAGCUGGAUAGCAGCGGUUUUGGCAUUCGCAUUCAGCUGGACAACUUGGGUUGUGACUACUUACCCGCCUACUCGGACAAGCAUCCACGUGGCGUUAGCCUCAAGGUAGCCCUCGAUUACAUCAAUCGCUGCCAGGGCAAUCUCAAGGAAACCCAAGCGCUUCUGGGCCGCCGGCACGCCCUUCAUGACGGCUUUAGUGAGGCAUUUGAACAGGCGGACAAGACGUUUUUGCACCAAGUAGUCUACGACCCGCGUCAAAAACGUCGCGUGCAUCUCACACCCCUUGGCACCAACGCUGAGCGACUGCCAUACCUAGGCGAGAUUGAGGUGUCAAACUGUGUUGAGCGAGCCACGGGCCUUUGUAACCCAGCGAGUGGAAAGAGAUACAUAGAAGAGGGGCUCUCUGCACAGGUGGCGACACAGAUUGAUGGCAUGGCCCAGGCACAGGCGAGAGCCGAUGAGGAGAAGGUGAUGCUGCGCCAUGUGGCAACCCACGCGAUCGUGGGACUUGAACACUGA